AUGGCCUAUAUCACUUCAAUUGGGCUCUACGUACCCGAAUGGACUUCUUUUAAUGUCGGUCUAUUUAUCCUGGGCAUUUGCCUGUGCUUGAGUGCCGUCGCAACAGAAACAUUAGAGCCGACCCCUUACUCAAAGUUUGGGAAUCGACUUGUUGACACAAUUCCUACCCGGUGGGCUAUGUUGGCCAUGUACCUUCCCAGCCUUUUGGUCUGUGCCCUGCCAUUCGAUCAUCCCCACUGGCCCUUUUCUCGUUUUGAAUGGAUCCAUACCAUCACAUUCCUCCAUUUUUUCAAACGUCUGAUUGAAGUCAUCUGGGUCCACCGCUACAGUGGCAAGACCAAUAUCGUUACCACAGUUAUAAUCAGCUCCACCUAUACGGCCACAUCAUUUUUUGAUCUAUUGGUUGUCAGCCGAAUGCCAUCGAGUGUCUUUUCAUUCGGCUGGGGUCUUGCUGGCCUGAUCCUGGUUAUCGUCGGCGAAACGACGAACGGAUACCAUCAUUACCUGCUCAGACAGCUCCGUAAAGACAUCGUAGACACUAAAAGCAGCACCAGUAGUGCCUAUCGACUCCCCCGCGGUGGUUUGUUCGAGUAUGCGGUUGCUCCCCACUACUUUGCCGAGCAAUUGACCUACCUUGGGCUGAUCUUUCUCAGUCAGAACGUGGUUUCUCUAUCGAUUAAGUUCUUCCCCAUGAUUUAUCUUACUCUCCGAGCAGCUCGCACACAUGAAUGGUAUUAUGAUAAUCUGUUGAAGAGUGAGAAAAUCCUGCUGGCUUCUCGCAAGCGUUUGAUCCCCUUUGUAUGGUAG